AUCGAAAAGAUCCCCAAAAAGAAAAAGAAAAAAAACUUCUUUUUUAUUCCCCAUCCACUCGUAGCGGGAAAGAGAAGAGAGGGGCUCUCCCGGCGCUCGGAGCGCAGAAGCAGCGAGCCGCUUCCCGAAGGGAGCAAGAAAAUUCGCGCCCAGUUUGGUCGGCAUGGGCGCGAACGGCCACCCGCCGCCGGCGAGCGCCGCCGCGCAGAACGGGUCCCAUUCCAGUGGCGGCGGCGGAGGAGGAGAUGGUGGAGGAGGGGGAGCAAACCCUAGCCCCGGCGGCACGGUGGCGGCGCUCCGGCACGACCCCGGCCUGGCGCGGGAGUGGUCGCCGGAAGAGCAGUCCACCCUCGACGAGUUGCUCGUCAAGUAUGCAUCUGAUGCUCCUGUAAUUCGUUAUGCAAAGAUAGCCAUGAAGUUGCCAGACAAAACAGUUCGAGACGUGGCCUUGCGUUGUAGAUGGAUGAAUAAAAAGGAAAGUGGAAAGAGAAAGAAAGAGGACCACAGCUCCUCGAAGAAAAGCAAAGAUAAAAAGGAGAAGGUUUCAGAUUCUUCGUUGAAACCACCUGUUCAUAUAGCUGGAAGGCCUAAUGUUCCUCCGUACCCCCUUCCAGCUCUGCCCAUUGACGAUGAUGAAAUUUCUUCCAAAGCAAUUGGAGGUCCAACAGGAGAAAUCCUUGAAACUAAUGCCCAAGUUUUGAGUCAAAUUUCAACCAACCUCAGCACUAUGCAGAUACAGGAUAACAUCUCUCUACUGUGCCAAACUAGAGACAAUAUACUCAGGGUCUUGAAAGAGAUAAAUGAUGCUCCAGAUAUCAUGAAGCAGAUGCCACCGCUACCAGUGAAGAUAAACGAGGAGCUAGUCAACUCAAUGCUCCCCAGGCCAACUGUACCUAUGCAGUAGUGAACUAGUGAUAGUGAAUGAACAUAUAUCCUCAGUAGUCUCAAGAGCUCUUUAGAAUAGACAGCUAAAAUAAAAAUGCCAGCCUUGUUCUGUUCGUUCAUUGUGUAGCUCCUCUGGUCCUUGAUCUAAUCUGUUCCUUUCAGCAUGUUCCGUCUAGUACUCUAGAUUGUUGACCUUCCAACCGUUCUCCAAAUCAGCCGGUUGGAACAUGUACCAUACUGCCAUGGGACAUGGUUUCCUUCUACAGCAGUGUCACCUUCAAACUCUGGCAUGUUUUGUAAUCUAUAGCUGUUUAGCCUAAUAUGAUGGAAUAUUGGAAUGGGAAGCCAAGAUUUACCCUCUGCGGUUCUCUUAAA